AUGGACUUCCCCCUUGUCUGUGAGGUUGUUCCAAAUGAUGAGGCUGAUACAUUGAGGUUAAUCAUUUAUUACGAUGAUGCACAAUUCGGUUUAGAAGAUACGAAGAUUAUGCUUCGCAGCUUCUCAGCUUCUCUUCAAAAUGUGCUCCUCUACCCGUCGGGUAGAGCGAUGGAUUCAAGUAUUCUUGAUCCUGGCCUUCCAUCAUUUGUAGACGAAUUACGCCGACGUCUGACACCAGCUGCAGAGGCUGGGAGGCCUAGCUGGGGUGAAGGCGAGCUUGCAUCACUCCUCGUGCGAGAGAAAAAGGUUAACGAUAGUCGCCUUCUGUCAUUUAACUUCAUGUCCUUUCAAGCCAGCCAUUGGCAAACUGUUUGCCAGCAAAUCGACGUUCCGGAGAAAUGUAUUGAGUCAAUUCGUCCAUGCACACCUGCACAAUCAGGAAUGUUGGCUCUGUUUACAAACUCCGAGGUUCAGGAUUAUAUCAUUUCUGCAAGUAACCAGGUAUACAAUGAUUUGGAAUGUGAAACCUUCUGGAAGGAAUUUGGGAAGGACCUUUGUAUCACAAAGUUUCCCGAUAUGGGCCCACUGCAUCAAGAGAAGCGGGUAGGUGUGAUAAUUAAGUCGUGUUCCAAAACGCUCCAAUCUUUACAAGAGUGCUGCAGAAAUGCCGGUGUCACCCUUCAGGCUGCGGGGCAAGUAGCAUGGGCUCGAAUAUUGGCAUCCUACACAGGAGAGAGCAGAGCUACAUUUGGACUUGUGCUGUCUGGGCGAAAUACCUUCGAAGAUGCACAAAAAGCUGUGUUCCCGUGCCUUACAACCGUUCCUUCAUCAUACAUUAUCGAGGGUUCUAAUAGAAACCUACUAGAGCGUGUUAUGAAGCUAAAUGUGUCAUUGGCAAAAUACCAGUUUACCCCAUUAUCAAAGAUUCAUCAGCUGGUAGGAUCUGGAUCUUCGCUCUUCGACACGAUAUUUGUAUUUCAAAAACAUACGACCACGUUUCAGAAUGAUAUCUGGAAAAUUUAUGAUGAAGAUGCUAGAACUAAUUAUCCAGUUUCAAUUGAGUUAAUACUUAGGGACGGGAAGCUUGAAUUCCAACUCACUUUUGAGACCGAUAUUUUACCAGAACCCCAAGCUGAAAUUCUCUUGAGACAGCUUGACGAUCUUUUAAUCGAUACACUUUCCUACCUCGACUCACCCUGCGUUUGCUUGACAAGAGAGAAUAAGGACCUUCUGUCAGCCGUUGCAGCGAAGGAAGCCAGAAUUUCGUCUCCCGUUAAAUUGGUGCACCAAUUUGUUGAAGUACAAGCUCAAGAAUCCCCGUCAAAAAUAGCUCUCGAGUUCGCAUCCAAAAUCCCUGGGAAACAAGGGCUUUUCAAGCGAAAAUGGACAUACAAAGAGUUUAACGAGGUCAGUAAUAAAUACGCCAGGCUGCUACAAGGGAACGGCGCGUCCCCGGGAAAUUUGAUAGGGAUUUGUUUCGAUAAAUGCCCUGAGGCAUAUUUUGCGAUAUUGGCCAUAUUGAAAGUUGGCUGCGCGUAUGUUGCUCUCGACCCAGGGGCCCCAGAAGCGAGGAAGAAAUUCAUUUUGAACGAUUCCGGAGCCAAAAUUUUGCUUUCCACGACAUCGAAGAAAAAUGAGCUGAAAGGGUUGCCUGUUUUAAUUUUGGAUAGUCCGGGAAUUCUGGACGGUAUACCUUCUCUGCCUCCAGUUCUAGAAGAGGAAAUACAACCAGGGGACUGCUGUUACUGCCUGUACACUUCGGGAACAACAGGCACUCCCAAGGGCUGCGAAAUAACACAUGACAAUGUUGUCCAGGCUAUGCUCUCUUUCCAACGACUAUUCCAUGGUCACUGGGACGAGACAUCUCGGUGGUUACAAUUCGCAGCGUUCCAUUUUGAUGUCAGCGUUCUGGAACAGUAUUGGAGUUGGAGCGUUGGAAUAUGUGUAACAGCUUGUCCUAGGGACACAAUAUUUGCGGAUUUGCCUGGCACCAUUCGAGAACUCGAGAUCACUCACAUUGACUUAACUCCCAGUUUGGCACGCUUGCUUGACCCAGAAGAAACUCCCUCACUUCGUCGUGGAGUUUUUAUCACUGGCGGAGAGCAGCUUAAACAAGAAAUUCUCGAAGCUUGUGGUGAAUACGGAGUGAUAUAUAAUGGAUACGGCCCGACAGAAGUAACUAUUGGCUGCACGAUGCUCCCUCGAGUGCCGCGAAAUGGCAAACCGUCAAAUAUUGGCCCACAAUUUGACAAUGUCGGUAGCGUUGUGUGCAAACCAGGAACUCCGAUACCAGUCCUGCGGGGUGGCGUAGGGGAGCUUUGUGUUACAGGAGCCCUUGUAGGACGAGGGUAUCUUAACCGACCUCAGCUCACGGAAGAGAAAUUUCAAUAUGUUAAAGAAAUGGGUGAACGGAUUUAUCGCACUGGAGACCUAGUGCGACUUCUCCAUGAUGGCAGUUUUUGCUUUCUUGGACGGAUCGACGACCAGGUCAAACUUCGUGGCCAACGCCUUGAAAUUGGGGAGAUCAACCAAGUUAUUUCCAAUUCUGCAGAGGAGGUGGGAGAAGUCGUUACCAUGGUUUUGAAGCAAACAAGUCGGUCAAAAGAGCAGCUUGUGUCAUUCUUCACCACGAAUACGCCCAAAAACCCCGAUGCGUUGACAUGCCGAAUCGAUUUCGAUCCUGGAAUGAAUAAAAUCCUUUCCGAAAUCAAUCAAGCAUGCCAUAAAACGCUGCCAGGUUUCAUGAUUCCGACACAUAUCCUUCCUGUAACCGUUUUUCCCUUAAAUGCAAAUAAUAAAAUUGACCAGAGACAUCUGAAAAAAAUCUAUGAGGAUAUGACUUUGGAGGAAAUGCAGCGGCUAUCCUCGCAGACUCAAAUGGAUUCCCAAACACCAUCGAAGGAUGUAUGCGCAAUAAUGGCUCUCGUGUCCAAAGUUACAGGGGUAGAAGUCUCUGCUAUCUCACCAUGGUCAAGCAUAUUUGAACUUGGCUUAGACUCCAUUUCCGCCAUCUCAUUCUCUAGGAUUUUGAGAGAUUCGGGAUUUAAGGCAGCUCAACCAUCUUUGUUAAUGAAGAAUUCAACCAUCAUGGCACUUUCCAGCGCACUGAAACGAUCCGCAUCAAAUGAACUCACUAAAAAGGCGUUGUAUCAAGAAUCUAGACAACGGAUUACAGCAUUCGCCCAUAGGAAUCUUACGCUCGUUGCCCGCAAACUAGGGACUCCCUUAGCAUCCAUCGAAGCAGUCGCUCCUUGUACAUCCCUACAAGAGGGUAUGAUAUAUCGAUUUAUUGAAAGCCAGAAGCCGGUAUACUUCACAAACUUCAAUUUUGAGUUGUCACCGAUCGUUAAUGUUUCUCACCUCAAAACUGCGUGGCUGAAAGCCCAGAGUUCUGUACAAAUACUUCGAACCAAAUUUCCAUUAACGGCUGGCCACUAUUCCCAAGUUAUCCUUAAACAAGAUUGUUUUCCGUGGUUUGAAUUAACAGCCAUCAGUGAUGUCGAAGUUGGAAGUAUCGCCAACGGCCGAUAUAAGGAGUGGUGCAGUGAACCUGCAAAGUUGACUGGGAGAGUUUGGGAAGUCGGUGUCGUCAUAGGGCCAGGGACAAGAUGGAUGUGCUUGAAUAUUUUCCAUGGAUUAUACGAUGGAAACUCCUUACCACUUUUAUUCAAUAUUGUUUUACAAGCAUAUAUUGACCAUACAAGUGCACCGGCAACACCGUCAUAUAUUGAAUGUCUGGCCCGAGGUCCCCUAUGCAAAAUACCAGGAGCGAAGGAGUUUUGGCUUAAACAUCUUGAUGGCCCUCCAAAACCGCUACCAUUUAUAAGCGACGCACACGAAGAGUAUUAUAUCUCCACGCUCCAAUACCAACACACCCCUCUCAGAGAUAUUAUGAAAUGGAUGCAACGGAGAUCUGGAAUCCCUCUUUUCGACAACCUAUUUGUCUUCCAAAGGGAACCCAAUGAAAAGGUUGACUCGGCAGGUUCACUGUGGUCACCGAUAAUUUCCCAAUCUGAACCCGACUACCCAGCAGCCUUUGAGGUGCAGCGGGACAGGGAUGGCUCUUUGACAGUAACUCUUGUGACACAGGCUUCCAGUUUUACUACUGAAGCUGCACAGCAACUUACUUUGCAGUUCCGUGACACGCUAGUUGACUUCCUAGAUAAUCCGUCCAGCAAGCUGAAUCUUGCCACACAGGGAUCGGAUAACUCCGAAAUUGGAAGAGCUGGUGAUCACAAUAUUCAACCGCAUACUAACGGCUACACCUCCAAUUUCUCACUUCUACCUUUUGAGUGGACGGCCAUGGCAUCUCGACUUCGUGAAGAGAUCGCAUCGGUUGCCAAUAUAGAUGCUCUCGCAAUUCAGGAAAACACAUCUAUUUUUGAAAUUGGGUUAGAUAGCAUUGAUGCCAUCCAACUAUCUUCCCGCUUGGCAAACGCUGGCAUCAGAGUGACCGUUACUGCGAUUAUGCGCGGCCAGACCAUUAAAAACAUCCUGCAUGAUAUUGAAUCAAACGAACCGAAUGGAGAUGUCAAACCACAGGCUUCGUUGGAGGUGCUAGAACAAGAACUGCGGAAUUACUUUGAGAACGACCGAUUCGAUCUAGCUCAGAUCGAACGUAUUUUGCCGGCUACACCUCUUCAAGAAGUAAUGGUCGCUGAGAUGGUCGCUUCUGACUUUAAUCGCUACUUUAAUCAUGAUAUUCUCGAGAUCAAGGACAAUGUGGACAUCGAUAAACUAAAAAGGGCUUGGGAGCAGGUUGUUGAUGCCAAUGCGAUCUUUCGAACCUCAUUCGCUGAAUUCCCUGAUCCUCGUUUUCCGUUUACCUAUGCACAAUUAAUUCACCACCCUGGGAAACCAAUGGACUGGAGCGUGGUCGACACGAUCGGCACUUGCUUCUCUCAAUGCCGCAUGCGAUGUACGAUGGCUGGUCAUUAG